CAAAACGUAUAAAGUCUUAACAGAUGAUUUGAGCAAACAAAUAGUUAAAUUACAAGAAAUUGAAUUAUUGAAACAGAAGAAUAAUUUUUUGAAAGAUGAAGCCUCUAAUUAUCAAGUUGCCUUAAGUAGGACGACCAGUUAUCGAUUAGCUGAUGAUGACCAGAAUAAUUCCGUUUAUUUAACUGAGGAUAUUAAUAAAUUAUAUGAUAAAGUCUCAA